GAGAGAGAGAGAGAGAGAGGGGAAGGAGAGAGAGAGAGAGAGACCACAAGGAGAGAAAGUCUUGGGUAUAUAAUGAAGAAGUAUGGGUCUUUUUGAUCGUGGAGUGCAGAUGCUAUUAACUACUGUUGGCGCUUUUGCAGCCUUCAGCCUCAUGACUAUAGCUGUGGGCACAGAUUACUGGCUCUAUUCCCGAGGUGUUUGCAAGAGCAAGAGUGUGAGUGAGAAUGAAACCAGCAAAAAGAACGAGGAGGUGAUGACCCACUCUGGAUUAUGGAGAACCUGCUGCCUUGAAGGGAACUAUAAAGGUUUAUGUAAACCUAUAGACCACUUCCCUGAGGACACUGAUUAUGAAGCUGAUGCUGCUGAGUAUUUCCUCCGAGCAGUGAGAGCCUCCAGUAUAUUCCCAAUCCUCAGUGUGAUUUUGCUGUUCAUGGGCGGUUUGUGUAUCGCUGCCAGUGAGUUCUACAAAACCCGGCACAACAUCAUCCUCAGUGCUGGAAUCUUCUUCGUGUCUGCAGGUUUAAGUAACAUUAUUGGGAUCAUCGUGUAUAUUUCCGCCAACGCUGGUGACCCGGCCAAGAGCGAUUCCAAGAAGAACAGCUAUUCGUACGGAUGGUCUUUCUACUUCGGGGCUCUCUCCUUCAUCAUCGCCGAGAUGGUGGGGGUGUUGGCUGUGCACAUGUUCAUCGACCGGCACAAACAGAUGCGGGCAGGAGCUCGCACCGACUAUCUACAGUCCUCGGCCAUCACCCGGAUCCCCAGCUACCGCUACCGUUACCGUCGGCGUUCCCGGUCUAGUUCCCGGUCCACGGAGCCCUCCCAUUCGCGGGAUGCGUCGCCCGUCGGGAUGAAGGGUCUCAACACACUCCCCUCCACGGAGAUCUCCAUGUACACGUUGACGAGAGAUCCACUGAAAGGCACGACCCCAGCCAUGACCUACAACUCUGAUCGGGAGCAUAAUUUCUUACAGGUUCAUAACUGUAUCCAAAAAGACAUUAAGGAAACCCUUCACACCAAUACAGCCAACCGCAGGACAACUCCUGUAUGAAGAGAACAUUUCGACGAUCGAUUGAGAGAACGAGAGAGAGAGAGAGAGAGAGAGAGAGAGAAACACAC